UAUAUGAAUAUUUUAUUUGAACCAGGAGGGAAUGUAACAUUUCAACAGCAGUUAUCCCUGUAUGUCCAGAAUCCUGUAAUCCUCUAUCAUACCCCUCGAGCCUCACUCGGUCUCGUUGAAGCUCGUGGUGUCAGACCGGCCUGUUGUCUGGCUUCGUGUCAACACACCAUGAUGUCAAGAAUGUUUCUCAGCUAUCAGGAGGUGGAGCAUGUGACGUCACAUGAUGACACGGGGAAUCCCCGGUCACAUACAGGACCCAGGACCUGACAACAUGAAAAAGAAAUAGUGCGGUAAAACACUAACGUUACAGAGAUUGUAAAUUAAAAGCCAGCAAAUCAGGAAGUGUUCUGUUUGGUGGUCCUUAAACUUAGAUUGUAUCCAACAAGAAUAACACCAACAGAUGAGCUGUAUAAACGUUACAACUUCCGUGAGAAGCGAGCUCGCGGAGUGCUACAAUCUUGCUGGUAGUGAUUCACUUAUUCAGGCUGCCCAACCAUACCUUCCUAGUACGUCCCAUGUCGUUGGGGACAAGGUAGACCUCGGAAACAAGUGGCUAUGGGCCCAGGAGCAAUGAACUAGCAAAGGAGCCAACUCUACUCCACUCAUAAAUUUACUUCGCCUGGAGACACAGUGUGGCCUGGAGAUACGUCACUUUCUAACGGGCCCGUCAAGGUUCAUUUGCAUAUAUUUGUGAACUCCGCUCUGCGAUCGCCGUUUCAACGUUCAUUUCCCAGCAGCACUGAGGACUGCAGGAGUGACGACCAACGUUUCAGCUGUUACAGCCUAUAACUAAGUAACUUGGCAUGGGAUUCAUCUGCGUGGCCCCGUACCUGCUGUUAUAAACAACUGUUCGAUCGCUGCUGUGGAGCGUUGGGGGACAAGGAGCCGGCCGGCGGGGGCCAGCAUCGUUACGCCUUGUCCCCCGUCCACCAUGCCUCGACCGGAUCAGCAACACGGAAACUCCAGGAAGUGGGACAGAAAAAUCAUAAAUUUCAUGCAUGCCUGCAAUGAUCUUACAACAUCGCGUUAGUAGGUAACACCCCAGUUUCAACCUACGUUGAUACACAAGAAGGUGACACUCACUGACAUCCCUGGCGGGACCUCAGAUCACCUCAAGACAAGAUGGACUACAAACAGCACCUGUCUUCCACAGCCUGCUACGUGUAGUCCCCUCCAGUUUAGUCAUUCGAAAACAUCAUUCAAGGGAACAAAAUGGUGAACAUGGGGUCUCUUUCAUCUGCAAAUAUGGAAAAGGCAGCGCGAAUCCAUCAUAGGGUAGGACUAGAACUAGAAAGGAGAAAUAUCAAAAUGAACAUGUACACAAGCCAACUACCGCAAGAGGAGGGUGGCAGAGCAGUCCAUACAGCCACAGCAGGCUCUCUUGUUGACACUGACAUGACCCAGUUUUUGAUGCAGGCUGGCAUCAUCAACGAAUGCCUCACUGCACUGCAAACUAUUGGUGAUGGGAACUGCCUGCCCCAUGCCGUCUCCCUGUACAUGUGGGGGGUUCAAGACAAGAAGUUGUCUUUGAGGAGGUACUUGGACUGCACCAUGCAGGAGGAUGGGGGUGCACUGAGGGAGCGUUGGGCCCAUCAGAGGAGAGCCAGAGAUGCAGUGGUGCCAGGGGUUCCCAUUGGUGGAGUCGACUAUGCCCCAGGGCAGUGGAAUGGAGAAUGGACCACCAUGGUUCAGAUGGCCUCUGCAGCUCCAAACGAAAGUGAACCCAACCAGACCAGGUACAGGCCGCUUGAAGAGUUCCACAUCUUCGUCCUUGCCAACAUCUUGCGCCGUCCCAUCGUGGUCUUUGCAGACACCUCAGUCCGAGAUGAUGAAGGCAACUCUUGGGCACCGAUCCCAUUUGGGGGCAUCUACCUUCCUCUUCUCCAUACUCCAGCAGAAUGUGUCCGCUCCCCGAUUCUUCUGGGCUACAACAACCAGCACUUCACUCCUCUGCUGACCACCCAGACACCCCCACAGAAUGGUGCAUCUCCAUCUACCCAGCAUCCACCACAGACCAUCUCCUUGAUGAGGCAGAAUGGGGAGAGGCUGCCAGUUCAAUACGUUCUCCCUAAAGAGGAGGGUAGAGAUUUGCUGGCUGAGUAUUUCAACAUCAUUCCAGCUGAUGACAGUAGCGACAACACCCUGCUUGCUGCACUUGACAUCACUCCUAUUCCAGAUCAUCUGAACCUCUUUAAGGACUUAGUUGAGCAUGAAACUCCCCAGCAAAGGAAUGCCUCUCCUGACCUGUCUUCAUUUCAGAAGCCAGUCAGUGUUGUACGUCCUCUGGCAAAAGCUACAUCUAAAAGGCCUGUUGACAACACAUCUGAAAGCAUGCCUGUACCAUGUACGGAGGAUCUGGAUGGACCACAAGCCAGUCACAGUCCACUGGAAGAGAGCUUCCUGAGGAUGAAGCUUCGUCAAGGGGUGCAAACUGCCACAGUGGUGAACUCGGAACAGUUGAGAUUGGCACCAACUGACUAUGCAGCAGCAACUGUACCACCAUUGCCUUUGCAAGAGAAUGUUGCUAUCUUACCAAACGAAGAAAACUUUGGACAAUCACAACAUACCAUAGCAAGACCUUCUGGCAGCUCAUCGGUCCAACCAAGGGCAUCUGCACCACCAUUGUCAUCACAAGGGAACAUGGCCAAUCCUUUACAUGGAGCAGACACUGGAAGAUUACAGGAACAUGUAGCAAGUGAGGAAAGUCAGCACUGUGCUGGCAUGACUAUGCAAGACAUUCACAGUAUCCCAAAUGAUAGAAAUGAGAACUCUCAAAAUGACGGAUCUGUGAGUGCAGCUUCAAGGCCAAGUUAUGCUGCAGCAGUGAAAAGUAAUCCUGGACCUCUAAUCCGGCCUUCCACACCAAAACCAAAACUUUUCUCUACUCCACCCAGAAAACCAACUUGUAAGAAUCCAGAGUGCAAAGGCUCCCCCUGUCCCCAGAAUGGAGGGUACUGUGCUAAGUGCCACAGGAAGAACUCAGCAGAGAAGAGGAGAGAGAGGAGAGAGAGUUUGACAUCUCGGCAGGGCAGCACCUCUAGGGCAGGCACAACUAUACAUAUUGGUAGGGCAGUUAACCAGAAGCACAAGAGAAAAGCAGCACAGCCGACAAAACCAAACCCAAGGAGGCCUCAGACCACUUCUACAUCAUCCUUGGUGCAACAGCGUUCUGCGGCACAAAUGCCAAACCAAAGUUACAGUCCUGAAACCCUGCCAAGUAAAGUCGCCAGGGCUUCUAUGCAGUCAACUCCAGAGGAACCAUCCAGGCUGACAGAAACCCAUGGCAGAAACGUGUCUUCCCAACUACAAGUGCCUGAUUCUGUUCAAGACUCGAAUCCAGAAGGAAUAUGCAGAACACCGGGUUGUACUCAACUAGCACUACCGAGUGCAGAUGGUUUUUGUGUGAACUGUUGGAGCAGAGAGCAGGAUGCAGAAACAGUCAGGGUCCAACAGAGGCAAGCAGCCAACAGUAGUGAUGGGGGCAGCUCUAAUGCAUCAAAGAACAUUUCCAAGCAAACUGAAACAAAGGCUGCUUCUGCUGCAAGAGGAAAUGGAAAAUCUUCAAAGCAGAGAUGCAAAGCUCCAAGAUGUAAAGGGUUUGUUGAUGACAGGAUAAAUGAGGCUCUUUGUCCCACGUGCAACUCACAUCUCGACAGGAAGAACAGAAGUUCAGUGCAGAGCAAUUCUGCCAAUGGGGGUGUGAGAGACUCCAAUACCCCCAGCCCCUCCAUGGGAACCUGGUCUCUUGGUCCGCCAGCUGGUCAGUCUGCAGACAGAUUCUACACACAGCAGCCAGAUGGGAGGAGAUGUUUAACAAAGGGCUGCAAGAGGAAUGGCACAAGAGACAACGGCUACUACUGCAGUGUGCAUGCACCAAGUGGGAACCCUCAACAGGGACAGCAACAGUUUGGCCCACAGAGUUCCACAAACAACACAUCUCAUCAGUCCAACUCGUAUGGCCAACCGCCAUCCUCUAUCUCUUCAUCUGGAACUAUGUCACUAAAUUUCCAUGGUGACAUUCACAAUCUGCAUGUCCACCACCACCACUACCCCUCCCCAGAUGGUUCCCAGCCCAGUGGAAGGAGUGGGUUCGAUACACAGUCUCAGUCUCCAUUUUUCAGUGCCCCAGGAGAACAACAGUCGAGUAAUCUGAGGGCUCGAGGAUCACACUCAGCAUCGAGACCAGCCGGUUCUAGCGGGCAGAGUGCACCAUCAGGAGCAGCGGCACCACAUGGGCCACAGUAGGGUCACCAGUCUGCCCCAAGUAUGAACAUUAUACUCAGCCUGGUAGUCCUAAUGUUAAGAUUGGGUUUGAGACUGUACAAAUUCUUCUUUAACUAUUUUGUGAACCCUCGUGGUCGCCUCAAGAGGAGAUGGGUAGACAAUGUCAAGGAAGUUAUUCGAAAACUGAACUUGCAAAAAGCCAACCCCCUUGUCAGAGGCAGUUGGAGAGCAGCAAUCAGACCUAAAUGGCAUCCCGCAACUUUCAACACUUCCAAGACAGGGAACAACGGAUGCUACACUGGAUAGUGAGUGAGUCUGUGAAUAUUGUAAUACAGAAAUGUUUGCGGUGGUUUUAUGUUUGAAGUUUUCCUGGUAACCACAAACUCAAAACUGCAACUAAGAUUUUUAUCUGUCUUCUCCAUGCCUUUUCCCCCUUGUCUACGUGCUAAUGUUACAUGUAUGUGCUAUACAUUGUAACAUUACAAUUUACAGCAUCGUGACAACAUGUUUUGGGGGCACCUGUUGCGGUGAAGACACACGUAUAACUACAAAGAACAACUUUGAAGAAUUGAACCCAACUUUAUCUUUGAACAUUUAACACAUUUAUGAAGAAGUGCUAUGUAUCCAGAGGGAAUAUUAUGUGA